AUGUUCAGACAAGUUUCUAGAUCAUCAGUUAAGCUUACCACUUCUGUCCCAUUCUUGGCCAGAUCCUACAUUGCCGGUCAAUUUACCGGUCAAAAAGGUCCAAACGGUAAAUACACAGUCACAUUGAUUGAAGGUGACGGUAUUGGUCCAGAAAUCUCACAGGCCGUUAAGGACAUCUAUGCUGCUGCUAAUGUUCCAAUUGAUUGGGAACCAGUUGACGUUACUCCAUUGUUGAUUGACGGAAAGACCACCUUGCCACAACCAGCUGUUGACUCUGUCAACAAGAACUUGGUUGCUUUGAAAGGUCCAUUGGCUACACCAGUCGGUAAGGGUCACACCUCAAUGAACUUGACAUUGAGAAGAACCUUUAACCUUUUCGCCAACGUUAGACCAUGUCAAUCAAUUGUUGGUUACAAGACCCCAUACGACAAUGUCGACACCGUUUUGAUCAGAGAAAACACCGAAGGUGAAUACUCUGGUAUCGAGCACACCAUUGUUCCAGGUGUUGUUCAAUCCAUCAAGUUGAUCACCAAGCCAGCUUCUGAAAAGGUUAUCAGAUACGCUUUCGAGUAUGCCAAGUCUAUUGGUAAGCCACACGUUCUUGUUGUUCACAAGGCCUCCAUUAUGAAAUUGUCCGAUGGUCUUUUUGUCAACACCGCUAAGGAAGUUGCUCAAGAAUACCCAGACGUCAAAUUGGACUUUGAAUUGUUGGACAACACUUCAUUGAAGUUGACUUCCGACCCAUCUCAAUACAAGGACAUUGUUAUGGUUAUGCCUAACUUGUACGGUGAUAUCAUGUCAGAUUUGUCCUCAGGUUUGAUUGGUGGUUUGGGUUUGACCCCAUCCGGUAACAUGGGUAACAAGGUUUCCAUCUUCGAGGCCGUCCACGGUUCAGCUCCAGAUAUCGCUGGUCAAGGUAAAGCCAACCCAACUGCCUUGUUGUUGUCAUCAUGUAUGAUGUUGAGACACAUGUCUUUGAAUGAAGAUGCUGACAGAAUCCAAAACGCUGUGUUGAAGACCAUUGCUUCAGGCCCAGAAAACAGAACUGGUGACUUGAAAGGUACUGCUUCUACUUCACACUUUACUAACGAAGUCAUUAAGAACUUAUAG